AUUUUUGACUGGAGGUCUCUAUGUGAAUCUCUGUGAGUCAUGAUGACAGACUUGUUGUUGAUUUCUGUCCCUCUGGACAAGACUAGUUUAAGCAGUGUAGAGAAACUCAAGCGCACCAUUGCCAAAACCAACCUGGCCUCCUGCUGCAAGUUCUCCAUUCCAGAUCUCAAGGUGGGAAUAUUGGACACUCUGCUCAGCGUGUCAGAUGAUCUCUCCAGGCUUGACACACUGACUGAAAGUGUGAUUAAAAAAACACAUCAGUGUAUGAGGGAAGUGAUGGAGCCGUCCAGUGACAAAGUGCCGGAAAACGCCUUAGCCAAUGGAGUGGACCUGAUGAGUUACAUGACCAAGUUUCAGUGGGACAAAGCCAAGUAUCCCACAGCUCUGCCUCUCUCCAGCCUGGCAGACAUCAUCAGCAAGGAAGUUUCCCAAAUGGAUUUGGAAUUAACAUCCCGAGCUGCGGCGUACAACAGUGUGAAAUUGAGCUUGCAAAGCCUCCAGCACAAAAAGGAUGGGCCUUUGCAUACUCGCAGUAUGAAUGACAUCGUACAGAAGGAGGACUUAGUGAUCUCAGAGUACCUCACUACACUUCUGGUAGUGGUGACCAGAGCGAACUACUUGCAGUGGGAGAGGAGUUAUGAAUCUUUCUCAGAGUUUGUGGUUCCGCGGUCCAGCAGGAAGCUGUACGAGGACGGAGAGGGGGGUGUUUUCUCAGUGACACUUUUCAAAAGAGCUGUGUGUGAAUUCAAAGCCAAAGCCCAGGAGAGCAAGUUCAUCGUACGCGAGUACAGCUUUGAUCUGGAGGCGAAGAAGCAGCAGGAGAUGAAGCAGCAUGUUGUUCGCAAGAAGGAACAAUAUGGAACCUUUGUGCGUUGGCUGAAGGUGAAUUUCAGUGGGGUGUUUGUUGCCUGGAUUCACCUGAAAGCAUUGAGGGUGUUUGUGGAGUCAGUCCUCAGGUAUGGAUUACCUGUGAACUAUCAGGCUUUCAUGUUGCACACGGACAAGAAGCGCUUAAAGAAACUGAGAGAAGAACUCGCCAUGCGGUUUAAACAUCUGGACCCCACUGCCACUUCCAGCAAGACAGAUCAGAUAAAGUGUGAAAUCCCAGGACUCUGUCAGCAAGAGUACUUCUCCUACAUCUGCUUCAGUGUCAACACCAAUGUGCUGGAGAUCAGCUAG